CCGGUUCUUCGUUUCGCUUCUUGCUUGGCCUCUUGGAAGCCGAAUUGAUCUCGAUUUGUUUAUGGCUCGGGUUGGCAGAGCUCGAUGGACGAGUUCCAGCUUGAAGUAGGUCUUCUACUGCGCAAAGAAGAUAACCUGUGACUGAGAAGACUUACGUGCAUGGAGAAGGCAGCGCCGCGAAGCCCCGCUCCGGCCACCACCUUCGUGCGAACCGACGCGGCCACCUUCAAAGAGCUCGUGCAGCGGCUGACGGCCGGCCCCCAGAUCGACGACGCCCACAAGCACCACCCCGCCCCCUCCUCCUCCUCCUCCUCUUCCCACAAGCUGAAGACGCCGGGGCUCAAGCGGCAGCACGAGCAGCGGCGGGGAGUCCCUCGGCGCAGGUUCACCGCCCUCCGGCCUCGGCCGCUCUCCCUCCCGGCCAGCCCCGCCGCCAUCUCCCCUGCCAUGAGCCCCGUGGUGGCGUCUCCUUCGACCAGCUUCGCCAGGCUUCACAUACGCGAGGAGGGAGGCAACAAGGUGCAGGUGGAUCCGAACGAGGAGGAGGAGAAGGCUAUCAAGGAGAGGAGGUUUUACUUGCACCCCUCGCCGCGGCCGCGUAACGCCGAGGCGCCGGAGUUGCUUCCUCUCUUUCCGUUGUCUUCUUCUUCCCAGCCCAGUGACCAACCCUGAUUGCAUGAGGCUUAUUGCUGUAGCAUUAUUCAUUGUUAAUGCCCAUCCAGUUCUUAUACCCAA